AUGAGAGGAAAGCGGUCAAAACAAUAUCGGAAGCUCAUGGAGCAGUUCUCCCAGACUUUCGGCUUUCGUGAGCCCUAUCAGGUUCUGGUCGAUGCCGAAAUGGUGAGAGAUUCUUCCCGGUUCAAGAUGGACCUCGAGCCCGCUCUGUCGAGGACAGUUCAUGGCAAGGUCAAGCCCAUGAUUACUCAAUGCGAAAUUCGCAAACUUUACGCAGCGCGAAACGAGCCAGGUGUACAUGAGGCCAUUGACCUAGCCAAGACCCUGGAGCGAAGACGAUGCGGUCACCAUCCCGACGAUUAUCCCGAGCCAUUGAGCACUCAAGAGUGUCUUCGAUCAGUUGUCGACCCGAAGGCUACACUUCAAAACAAGCAUCGCUACGUUGUGGCCAGCCAAGACCAGGAGGUACGAAGGAUGCUGCGAGGCAUCAAAGGAGUCCCCCUCAUCUAUAUCAAGAGGAGUGUUAUGAUUCUCGAGCCAAUGGCGGAUGAGAGCGUUCAGGUGCGAGCAAAGGAGGAGAGAAGCAAAUUUCGAGCAGAGAUCAAGAACCAAUUGGGCAAGCGAAAGCGAGAUGAUGCAGACGACGACGAGAAGGCCGACAAGGCCGAUGGCAACUCUGAAGAACAAAAGAAGAAGAAGAAGAAAGGACACGGACCCAAGGGGCCUAAUCCUUUGGCGGUCCAGAAGCCCAAGAAGGCAAAGUCAGAAGGACAACAACCACGAAAGCAAGAAUCCACUGAUGCGAAGGACGCGCCACAAGAAGGUGCCGGCAAGCGAAAGAGACGGAGGAGGAACAAGGCUACUGUAGGCACGGCAGACGACGGCGAAACGGACACUGCAGCCGCGGAAGUGACCAUGGCAGAGACAUGA